AUGUUUGGCGUAUCGGGAUCUGAGGAAAACUUGGCAGACCGAGUUAGGUACAUCCUGCGCUCCAACAUAUUUGGUGACGCCGAACUCGAGCGACUACGACGUGAGGCUAUUCCUUCAUCGAAUGGAAAUGCUACGGCUGGGAAUGCGGCGCCACUAGAUGCGCAACAAACUGCAUAUGUGGAUGCUGCCGUCAACAUUCCAUUUGUGGCUAAUUCAGACGAUGAUGGAAUAGUCUUCCACGAACUAGAGAAAAUGAGGAGCAUAUUGGAAGAGUCGAUGCUGGAAACGCGCAGCAUGCCUCCCGAAAAUCGACCGCGACUUCCCCGCAUACUCCUUAGCAAGCGAAAUCGGGCUGUCGUGCGGGCUCUUAACCCAAUGCUGGUGACCUAUUUGGAAGCCAGCCGGGACCUUUGCGAGACGGAUUCAAUUCUUUUUGGCGCCGCACUGGCAGUAUGCCGUAUUAUUGGCGCCAAACUUCCCGUGGCCGGACGUGCUACUCAAAAAAGUAGCGCCAUCCAAGCCUGA